AUGAACGCUAAAAUCAGACAUGGAACCAUUCAGACAAAUGACGAUGAACCUCCACAUUGGGGGUGGCCUUCCCGUGCUGAGGAGUCGUUGAGUAGAUUGCCUGCUGCAGGAGAGACUGUAGAUAUGAGUUUGGUGUUGGAUAAACCUUUUUUGGAUAUGUCCUAUCAGUGGGUUUUUGGUGAUUGCCUGAAUGUAGCAUCAGAGAAAGGACCCCUUGGCCCGGAUGAUGAUAUCGAAACAUUUCACGCUGCGUUCCAUUCCUCUCGGGCGUGGACAGGCCCACGCAUGAUUUUCGAAGCCAUAGCUCGUCUUAUUCCAAAUAAGAAGUGGGAAACGACUAACCGGAUCGUGCAUGAUUUUGUAGAACGUCGCAUUGAUGCUGCAAUGAAGGAGGUCUCAGAGAGCCAGAGCCAAACACGAGAAGGAAACGAGUAUUCCAUCAAGCCGACAAGUCUGGUUGAAUCGCUAGUAAAGCAAACAAGCAACUGGUAUUAA